UACAUCCACUAAGAGCUCACAUCUCUCAACAUGAGCUGUAAGUGCCACUCUGAUAACUUGUCUACCUCCUUUAGGAGCUGCCUGCCCACAGUGGGUUCCUCCUGUUGUUCCUCCUGCUCAAGCAACCUGGGCUACACGGCUACCAGCUGCUCUCCCAGCACCUGCCAGCUGAGUUCCUCUAUGAACAAUGGCUGCCAAGAGACCUGCCUUGAGCCCACCAGCUGCCAGAAGUCCUGUGCGGUGUCCAGCCCCUGCCAGAAGCCCUGCUACUACCCCAGGAGCUCCACACCCUGCAGUCCCUGCCAGGGGACAUAUGCUGGCUCUUUGGGCAUUGGGUCCAGCAGCUGCAGUUCCCUGGAUUAUGGAUCUAGAAGGUGCUACAUCAUGGAUUGUGGAUCCAGUGGCUUUGAAUCCCUGAAUUAUGGAGUCUCUGGCUUCCCCUUACUGAGUUAUGGGCACAGAUUCUGCUAUCCAACUGACCCGGCUGCUAUUAUCUGCCAACCAUAUUAUAAACCAACCUAUGGUAAUAUUUUCUAUGGAUUCAACUGCUGAGCCUCUCUCUUCCUUCAUGAAAUAUAAAAGCAAAUAUCUGUUUGUCCUGCAGCCAUUGUUUCUUGCUUACCCUCCCUUGCUAUCAGUUAUUUCUUCCAUUAAUAGCAUCUCUCACUCUCAAUUACUGGGAGAUUCUGGAAUUUGUGGGUAACCUCCAAUUAUUCCUUUCUCUCUUUGCUAUGGAGAAAUGAUACAUGUAGUUGGUUUUCAUCCAAGAGCAGUUGAAAAAUCAAAAUUUUAAUCUAAUAAAUGUAUGCAUUCUGAAACCUCAA